UUUAGAAAAACUUUUUUGUUAAAAUCUGAGCAUGAAUAUUUAUAUGCUAUAGUUAAGGGUGAGCAUUCGGUCGGUUCGGUCCCGGACCAAACCGAAUAGAUCGAAAACCAAAUUUUCAUUUUUCUCCGAAUCGAACCGGACCAAAAUUUUAGUUUGGACCAAAAUUAUGUACAGUCACUCACCCCUCGUUCUUUAAUUCUGCUAAAAUUUCUGUUUGAUCUUUCCAUUUUCAACUUGCAAGUGUCAUUUGUGAAACAGUACUAUGAUCUUUUUUUUUUUUGAAUUGAGAGGAAAUGGUUCAAGACUACUACUAUCAGAGGCAUAAACUGCUUGAAAAAAUUGUAAAACAAUGCUCUUCAGCCAAGCACAUAUACCAAACCCAUGCCUUGAUGGUUACAACAGGCUUAGACAGACACAAUUUCUUCUUCACCGAAUUUGUCAAAGUCUGCUCCACUCUAGGACUCUUUAACUAUGCUUGUUCCGUUUUAAAAUCUCAUAAGCAGCCUCACAUUUAUCUCUACAACUCAAUCAUUAAAUCUCUACUUGUUUCUUAUCCAGAACAAGCCAUCUUAGUAUAUGACCAGGCUCGAUACAUGGGCUUAAACCCUGAUUCUUAUACUUUUUCUUUCGUUUUGAAAGCUGUUGUUGGGGAGAAUACGGGUAAAAAAAUUCAUUGUCGAGCUGUUUGUAAUGGGUUGGAUUCGGAUGAUCAUGUGGCUGCAGCAUUGAUACAGAUGUAUUUGAAAUGCGGGCGUGUUUUGGAUGCACGGAAAGUGUUUGAUGGAAUGUUAUUUAGAGGUGCUGCGUCUUGGAAUGCUAUGAUUGCUGGGUAUGCUAAACUUGGUCAUCCUGAUAGUGCUUUGUCUUUGUUUGAGCAGAUGCCGCAGGGAUGGUAUGGGAAGAGUGUUAUUACUUGGACUAGUGUCAUUUCGGGAUAUGCUCAAGCCAAUAGACCAAGUGAAGCUAUUACCAUUUUUCGGAGAAUGCAGCUCCAGGGUGUCCAGCCUGAUGAAGUUGCAAUGCUGGCUGCUCUUUCGGCUGCUGCCCAGUUGGGCGCGCUUCAGUUGGGGAACUGGAUCCAUAACUAUAUUAAUAAUAACAAAUUAUGUUUAACUAUACCACUUGCCAAUGCGUUAAUUGAUAUGUAUGCAAAAUCUGGAAACGUUCACAAGGCAAUUGAGAUUUUUGAUAACAUGGAUAAUAGGAGUGUUGUGACAUGGACGACCAUUAUAGCUGCACUAGCAAUGCAUGGGCUUGCAGCAGAAGCACUUGAGAUUUUCUCUCGUAUGGAAACGAGUAAGGUGCGUCCCAAUAGUGUCACACUGUUAGCAGUCAUCUCUGCUUGUAGCCAUGCUGGGUUGGUUAAGCUUGGUCGUUUCUAUUUUGAAGCAAUGUAUCCGAGAUACCGGAUCAAACCAAGAGUUCAGCACUAUGGCUGUAUUAUCGACCUACUAGGACGUGCUGGCCGCCUUGCGGAGGCACGGCAACUACUGAAGGAUAUGCCAUUUGAACCAAAUUCAGCUAUCUGGGGAUCCCUUCUUGCUGCUUGUAGGAUUCAUGGGGAUAUUGAACUUGGGGAAGAAGCUAUGCAACAUCUUCUCAAGAUGGAGCCACACAAUUCCGGUAACUAUUCGCACAUGUCUAAUAUAUACUCUUCUUUUGGAAAGUGGAAAAAGGCUGGUAUAACAAGAAACAUGAUGAGGGACACAGGUGUUAAGAAAGUUGCAGGUGGGAGUUGUAUUGAAGUGAAUAACAGACUUAAUGAAUUCAUUGCAGGAGACAGAUCACACCCUCAAGCUGAUAUAAUAUAUAAUCUUCUGCACGUUGUUUAUGGACAGUUUAAUAUUGAGGCUACUGAUGUUUUUGACUAAAAAAAUAUUAUAUCAACUCAAAACUCCCUAGUUCAUCUGAAUCCAUGAAUAAUCCAGAUAGUUUGUGAAAAUGUAUACUUUAGACAGGGAGUGAAUAGGUGUAUAUGCUAACUACCACAUUUAAAAAUUUAUCAAGUUAAUUUUUUGACAA